AUGACGAUUCGUGCCUCUUUUCACGUAAAAGCUGAAUAUCUUACGGCAAAGAAGCUGGAACGUCCACCCACGUUGAAUGGUAGUGACCGAAUCAUCACCCUAGGCGAAGCUGUUGACAUGGCAUGGCACUGCAAGGAUCGGAUGGAAUUCGGGAAACUGCAGGCAACAAUGGGUGAACGCCGUCUCCAGAAGCAUCUCGAACGCGAAAUCGAUAUGAUCUGCAGUACGGCGAGGGGAGACGUGGAUAAUAAGGAAGCGUUGUCGACACCACUUCUACAGGACGCUGACGAUUAG